UUUGAGUCAGAUGUUUUACACUAAACUAAAUAGGUAGUGUCAUAGGUAGUAAAAAAAAUUAUAUAUUUAUCGGAAUUAGGUUAUGAUUUAGUGGUUUGUUUGGAAAGUUCGAACCUACGCUAAAAUUUAUUUUGAAAAGAUGACAAUAAAACCCCGUGAAAAAUUCGAUAAUGACGAUGAUCCUGUUGAAUCUAUGUUAAAGAGAGCAGGUUGCCUCGAUUUACAUUACAAAGUGCAGGAAUGCAUAGCGACUACUAAAGACUGGAGAAAAUGUCAGGAUGAAGUAAAUGAUUUCAAAGAAUGUAUCACAAAACAUAAACAAGAAGAAUUCAACAAAAGCAAAAGAUAACAGUUAGUGUUGGACAUUCUCGGUUGGAGUAUAUAAUUAGAUACAUUUUUGUUCAUAUAAUAUUUGAAAUUCAGGUUUUAUUCAUUGUUUCUAAUAUACUAGUUACUAUGUAAUUUAUAAAGCCAGGUAAAUGUUCUGUUUUUACUGCUUGCCAUUAAAUAAGUGAAUAUAAAAUAAUUUAUUGUA